AAAUUUUGCAAGCAUGCUAGAUUUUAAAAUCCACAAUCUUUUAAUUCCAUUGGAUAAGGAACCGAAAUACUCCGUAUGAAGAGGUGGGUGUGUGAAGUUUGUUUUCAUACUUCAUAAGUUCAUAGGGAGCUAGCUGUUGAAUACUUGAAUGUACUACGAAUUAUUUUUGGCGUGGGCCCUACAUCUAGCUUACACCACCGUCGCCAACUAACUGAUAACAUCCCCGGCUGCCGGAAUGUCUGCAAUCUCUGCCGCCGUACCACUCCCGACUCCCGCUUCCACCUCGCUAAACAGCGUUGGUAAUUUCCAUCAGACUCUUUUCCCAUUAUUCACCGAUAAGACAAGAAAGUCAACUCCUAUAGAGUCCUCACUCAUCAGCAGAUACAGCAACCAUGGCUUUCUCUACCGGAGGGUCUCUCGGAGAUCACCCCCCAGACUUCGAUCCCUCUUCUCCCCCGUCAUGAAAUGGCAAGAUUGCAAGGUGAAGAUGGACAUAGAUGUACCCUCUUCAAUUGCUUAUAAAUGCUAUGCCGAUCGUGAAGCAAUUCCCCAGUGGAUGCCUUUUAUUUCGUCCGUUAAGGUUUUAGAAGAUAAGCCUGAACUAUCUCGAUGGUCACUCAGUUAUAAAGCAUUUGGACAGAAUAUUGAAUUCUCUUGGCUUGCCCAUAAUAUGCAACCUACUCCAAACCAGAAAAUUCACUGGAGAUCCCUUGAAGGUCUUCCCAACAGGGGAGCUGUUCGUUUUUUCCCUAAAGGCGCUUCAUCAUGUACUGUAGAACUAACAGUUUCAUAUGAAGUUCCUUCAUUGUUGACUCCUGUGGCAUCAGCGUUACAACCUUUUACUGAAAGCUUACUGCUACGCGGGUUAGAAGCGUUUGCAAAAUUCGCUCGAGGCUACACAACUGUGCAACCUAUUGAUAUCGAAACUGUGAAAAGUGACGAGUGAUAUCUUGUACUCUUACAGUCUUAUGUUUUCCUUGAAGUAUAACAAAGCAUGUUGAACCUCAGCUGCUGUAUAUCUCAACACUUGGUGUGCGUUUCGCAGAACUUACUUAAGAGAUUAAGGACUCAAUUAGUUCCAGUGCCUAGGCGACUAUAGGUUGUUUUAAGCUUUAAAUAAGAUAUUAGUUCUUGUACAUGUUUUCAUCUGGUAAGCUAUAUCUCAUCCCAUGAAGGAAACAAACUACCAUAUAGUAACUUUUUAUUUUGUUCCACCAAUGCCCACUGUAUUAUGUUACAUAAUCAAGUCUUCAAUCAUUAUCGAUCUUUGUUUUUUAUGGAGUAUAGUAUUAGUUACUGAAUUCUUAGUUUUAGCAAGGAAUUUUAUUAUCAAUUAGAG